AUGGCGGUAGCGUGGUUCUGGUAUAAUUGGUUAGAGACCGACUACGACACACUGGCUGGGGAGCUCAUUGCGGUCCAUCUCAUUGAAUAUGCUUCGUAUGUGACGGGAGCCAAGGUUGCCGGAUUUGACCAUUAUCCACUGGAUAACCUGGUGGCACCGGCUAUGUCAGCGCGCAUAUACGGUGACGUGGUAAUUGAGAAUAUCAGUGUUGAUCGGGUGCAUUCUUCUAUGCGGGGCGUACGAGGCCAAGCUGUUUCGAAACCCAAUGGGCUACGCCACAUCCCAGAACUGGGACCUGUCCGAAAGCAGAUCCGUCAUUUCCUGCCGGUCGUAGUGAAAAAUGUUACUGAAACGCUGGAAUUCCAAAGGUUCAUAUUUGUCACCAUGUAUACAACUGCGUUAAUUGGUAGUAUAGCAUCGGAGUACCUGCAUCUAAUCCUGCAUGAGGACACGUAUCUACGAGUAUUCAUUGUCUCACGCUCCAAACUCGCCGUCGCAGCAGUUGCCAAAGUUAUGAAGCAGAUCUCUCUGAAACUCUUCUCCGGAUCUCAUAGUCGGGACAUGCGCGCAACUAUCCCCCGACCAUCCCUCGCGUACUAUCCCGCUUUCAUCAAACAAGCCGAGGCGAUCAAUUUCGUUGACGGCCCAACCAUCCAAUCCUUUGAUACCGUCAUACUCCAUGAUACGAAUCCCUUCCCCGCGGGAAAGCUUCGACCCCGAAGAUGCAUGAGUCCUUUUCUGUCCCCCGAAACCGCGUCGUCUUGGAGAAAUCACCUUCGCGCGUCCAGAGACAAAAUGGGAAACUUCAACUUUGGCAUAUUUGUCUCCACCGCGCUCGCUGGGAUUGGUUAA